AUGCCGUACGAAUGGAGGUCAAGUAGCUUCUUCAUCCCUGCGCAGAACUCGCGCCACCGCACAGCAUGUCUUGCGCUCUACCGAGCCCUCCUCACCCUCUCUCCGAAGGUACCCCUUCCGCCGGACCUCGCGACAGCAUGGCCCGGCCCGCGUAAUCCCAUCGCCCACGUGGUCCGGCGCUCCUUCGCCCGCAACCUGACCGACACGAGCCCGCGCCUGGUGUUUCCAGCCCUGGCGGCCGGGUACCGCAUGCUCGACACGCUGAGCCGCGCCCGCGACCCUGCGACCCCCGAGCACGCGUCCGUACUUGGCUUCUUGCGCGCCCGCCUGGCCAAGCGCAAGCACAUUCUCGAGAUGAAGGCCCUGAAGUCGCCCAAGCCGGCACCGCGGCCGAGCAGCGCGCCGAACGCGUCCUCGGUGCCCCUGCUGGUCCGCACGACGCCUGAGCCCACGCGCGAGAACCCAAAUCCCAAGCACAGCUACGCCGCCGCCGCACGCCCCCGGCCCCGCGACCAGCUGCCGCCCGGCGCCAAGCGCAAGAUCCCCGUCUUGGAUAUGGCGGCCGACUUCCCGAUUCUGCGCCUGAACAAGCCGCAGCCGGCCGAGCUGAGCCGCGUGCUGACGCAGAGGAUCCGCCGCCGCGUGGGCCACUUCACCGAUGUCGAGGCCUUCACCGACGAGAGCCUGCCCGAGUGCGAGGAGGAGGAUGCCUGGGAGCAGCACGUCAUGGAUCUGCUGGACGCCGAGGUGCUGGGACCUAGCCUCAAGGCGGGGCGUGUCGUGGGCGACGGAGCGGCCCUCGCGCGCGCCGCGGACGAGGUAGAGGCCUGGGUCGGCUCAGAGGGUGCCACCCAGCCCACUUACGCGCACUCCCUCCGUGUCCACGGCAUCCGGUGGACGAUGGACUGGCUGACCCGGGAGCGCGAGGACGCCGUGGCCCGGGCCGACGCUAUGCGCAAGAUCAUCGCGGACGAGACGGCGCUGGCCGCGCGGGAGCGGGAGCAGGACCGCGCCGGCCGCCGCGCCCGCUGGGAGGCGCGCAUGCGCGCGGAGCACGGCGACGGCUGGGCCGAGGUGGUCGCGGAGGAGAAGCGGGCGCGGGAUCUUCGCCGCCAGCAAUGGCUGGCCGAGCGGAAGGCCGCCCGUGAGGCCGAAUUCGAGCGGCGCAGGCAGGCGGAGGCGGAGAAAAGACAAACAACACGCGGAGGCAAGAGACAGGAGCGUAGCGCUGGAAAUCCCAAGGGACGAACUGCGGACGGCGCGACGGCGAAGCGGGCGUCCUCCUGA